AUGGCUUUUCGGAAUUCUGAUGGGAGAUCAGGAGGUAUUUUGAGCAUCUGGAACAGAAGGAAAUUCACAGCUUCAAGUUGUUGGGACAUCCCAGGAGCGGUGAUUGUCAACGGUACUUGGGUUUCAGUUUGGCCUGCUUCUUACGGUCGAGGGCUGCAACGGUCAAUCUCGGAUCAUUGCCCUAUCCUUUUAUCGACUGAAGAUGUGGAUUGGGGUCCAAAACCGUUUCGAUUCAUCAAUGCCUGGACUUCCCACGGGGAGUUUUUGCAAGUGGUUCAGAAAGUUUGGGAAGAGCAGAACCUUUCAGGGUGGAGCUUUUUUGUCUUCAAAGAAAAAUUAAAAAGGGUGAAGUUGGCCCUUAAAGAAUGGAACAAGUGCACUUUCGGCAAUAUUGAUCACUCAAUCAUAGCUCUGAAGGAUGAGCUUGAAACAUUGGAUUUGAUCGAUGAUACUCUUGGUUUAGAUGAAGGGGAAUACAUCAAAAGGAAUGAGAUCAAAGCAAAGUUGAUUCUGCAAGCAAAGAAAAGAGCCAGCCUGCUACAUCAAAAAGCUAAAACCAGUUGGGCAAAAGAGGGUGAUUUGAACUCGAGGUUCUACCACAAAGCCAUCAAUGGAAGGAGAAAGAAGAAUGAGAUUGCUGGUAUGUUUUUUCAGAAUCAGUGGAUCGAGGAUUUGAGGGAGCUAAAGGAAAAGGUGAAAAGCUAUUUCGAGAAUUUUUUUAGAAGAAAGAACAGGGUCUGA